UCCCGUUGUGUGUGCGUGUGUGUGCUUUUUUUCUUAAAAAAAAAAAGGACCGAAGAUGGCGACCAGUUCAGAGCGUAGUCCUCCUCCUUUCCCCGAUUCAGAGGACCAAGAUAUGCUGGAGUCUGAAGAAGUCGGAGGCCGAGACAGUGAUGAAGACGACGGGGAGGACCUUUUUAUAAGUGCAAGCAAUACUCCUCUUACCAAAAAGGACACUACAGAAACACCUGCCAGUCGAUCCAGUGACAUCAUGAGUGGUCUUUUAGUUGAGCCUCUCAGCAGCCAAACGGAAAUCAAAGCAGCGGAUGAGUUUGUGGGCGAGCCAUCUGAAGAUUUUGAAGAUCUGACGAACAACGUAACUGUCACCGCUGAAAGUGCCGUAGCGACUGAAAUCCCUUUAGAUGAGCCCUUGGAUGAUUUUGUUGACAUUCUGCAAAGUGAAACUGAAGCUCAAAGAGAGGAAGAUGUUGCUGUAGAAGCAGAAAUUGAUAAAGCUGAAGUCACCAGCGAUGUUACUGAUCCACCUGCUAAUGAGAAAACAGGAAGUGAUGCUGAACAGAAAACGGCUUCCACUGCUCCGAUCAUUGACCUCAGCGCAGGCUUGUUAGCCGGUGACACACAACAGCCGCCCGUCAGUGAUAAAAUCGCCAACCCUCUGGUCGACCUCCUCAGUGAUGCUCCAUCCAUCGCCGCUGAUGCCAAAAAACCCAGCGGGGCGGUGCUCGACCUGUUUGAGGAUGACGGGAGUGAUAUUUUCAUGGGACCACAGCAAACUAAAUCUGCUAAGCAGCCUCAGAAAAGCCUCUUCGGUGAAGCUGACGAGGAUCUGUUCGGUGAGCCGCUGGGAGCCAUUGCAAAGAAAAGCACCAGUAAAGAGCCAAAGGAGAAAUCUGCCACAUCCAAAGCUGCUGCUGCUGUUUCUACAAGGGGGCCUCUGCAAGAUGGUAACCCCACAGAAACGGCGGACAUCUUCACCGAGGAAGCCGUCAACACUGUGCCAAGUUUCAGAAACACCAGCACUGUCAACUCCAAGACUAACGGAGUCCAAUCUGAAGAGGAGGCAGACAUAUUUGCUGAAGCCACUGUGGAGCUUUCCCUCGACAGUCCGCGAAACGACAGAAAGAAGGAGGCGGCGGCCAAACCGUCUGCUUCUGCCCCCGCCGCCCUCUCAGCAGCUGCCAGCCUGGCCAAGCCACAGUCUGCUGCCUUGGAAGAGUUGGAAGAAGAGGAAGAAGAGGAACUGGAUGAUACAUUUGACAUCUCUGUCUCAGUGAAAGACCCUGAAAAAAUAGGUGACGGUAUGAAUGCCUACAUGGCCUAUAAAGUAUCCACACAGACCACACUGUCCAUGUUUCGCAAUAAGACGUUUACAGUGAGGCGACGCUUCAGCGACUUCCUGGGCCUCUAUGAGAAGCUUUCUGAAAAACAUGGACCAAAUGGAUUAAUUGUGCCUCCGCCCCCAGAGAAAAGCAUCCUGGGGAUGACAAAGGUGAAGGUGGGAAAGGAAGAUUCCUCAUCUGCAGACUUUGUGGAGAGAAGAAGAGGUGCUUUGGAGAGAUAUCUCCAGAGGGUGGUGAAUCAUCCGUCGCUUCUCCAAGACCCUGAUGUCAGAGAGUUUCUAGAGAAAGAGGAGUUGCCCAGAGCAGUGAGCACCCAGGCUCUGAGCGGCGCCGGCUUCCUCAAAAUGAUCAACAAGGCGACGGAUGCUGUCAGUAAAAUGACCAUCAAGAUGAACGAGUCAGAUGUGUGGUUCGAGGAGAAGCUGCAGGAGGUGGAGUCUGCUGACCAGCAGUUCAGGAAGCUCCAUGCGCUGGUCGAAUCUCUGGUCGUUCACAGAAAAGAGUUGUCUCUGAACACAGCGAGCUUUGCCAAAAGCGCCGCCAUGCUGGGCAGCGCAGAGGACAACACAGCUCUGUCCCGCGCUCUCUCCCAGCUGGCAGAGGUGGAGGACAAGAUGGAGCAGUUACACCAGGACCAGGCUGCAAAUGACACCUUCAGCUUUGCAGAACUGAUAGCAGAUUACAUCCGCCUGCUGGGAGCCGUCAGGGGGUCUUUUGAUCACCGGAUGAAGGCGUGGCAGCGCUGGCAGGAUGCUCAGUCUAUGCUGCAGAAGAAGAGGGAGACCGAGGCCAAGCUGCUUUGGGCCAACAAGCCGGAUAAGCUGCAGCUGGCCAAGGAGGAGAUUGCUGAGUGGGAGACCAAAGUGACUCAGUAUGAGAGAGAAUUUGACAGGGUUUCUGCAACUGUGCGCAAGGAGGUCGUCCGUUUUGAGAAAGAAAAGACUAAGAAUUUCAAAAGACAGAUAAUCAAGUACUUGGAGUGUUUGCUUCAGUCUCAGCAACAGCUGAUAAAGUACUGGGAGGCUUUCUUACCAGAAGCAAAAGCAAUCGCCUAAUUCCUCGAGCACCAGCCCUCUGGAUGACAAAACAGGCUGCCUUCUUCUUAAACACUUUACCUCUUUUGCCUUUAAACCAAGGAAAAUGUGUGCAUUGAAAAGGGAGAUACAAUCAACCUCUUUUUUUUUUUUGUUGUUGUUUUUGUAAUCACCUUUAACAUAUAGCUCUGUAUUCUAUUGUAUCAAUAAUUGUAUAUUUUCAUUUAACUUUCACAGAUAUGUUCUUAUUAGAGUAAGAAGAGUUUGCAUAUACAAAGAUGUGGACAAAUUAAAAGAAGAAAAGUGUAGGUGAAUAAGUCCCUUAAUUUUCACAAGAGAGGGGAAAUGAGUCGAUACUCUCAGGAUUUUCUCCCUUGUGUGAUCAGGAGUUCCUCACAUCAGCGUCGGUUGGUUGUUUAUGACACAGCUGCUCUCAGUAGAUGUUUCCAGGGACCCAGAUGAGGAAGGUGACCAAGAGUCUCACUUUUUCUUAUCAUUAUUGAGUCAAAGGGAUUAAAAUAGCAGUUAAAAACAUUUUUGAGCACUUCUACAAGCUGGUUUCACUCUUUUUUUUUUUCCCAUUUUAUUCAGAAUUAAAGUAGUGUUGAGGGGGAUGGGUGUUCACCUUGAUAAGGGGCAUUAGAGGGAUUUCCAGGAGUCAAAGGUGGCAUUUUGGGGCAUGUAUGCAGAGUUAAUGUUUUUGAUGGGCUUUCAGUCGUCAUGCAAAGUUUUUGUCUGUGCCUUUAAGACGGUGUUUGGGAGAAACAGACAGGCUUGUGCAGCACAGAGGCUUUUGAUAUGAGUCCAUCAGCCACGCUGAGAUCAUGUACCAUGGUUGUUUUCACUUUUAAAGCUCUUUCUUGCCUAAAUCUGCUCUUCCUACAAUUAGGCGGCCUUGUAUGAAAAUCUACUUCACAGUUAAACAGGAAAUCAUGUCAGAACCUGUAUUUUCAUUUUUCAAAAUUGCAUUAUUCUGUAAUUAAUGCCGUGCAGUCUGUCAGUGAGCGCUUUCAGCUCUACUGUCUGCAGCAACUGAGGAAAAAUAUAGUAAAUGCUGACAUGUGUGGAUUAACCAAUUCAAGCGAGUACAAGUCUCAGCUUUAUGCUGUAGUUAUGAGUUGAAAGCAGCCCGAUUUAGUCUGUUCUGGAAGUGUGGUUUGCAGCGACAUGUAAGAAUAAUGGAGCUGCAGCUAACUUGCUUUAAAUGUGCAUUUGUCUCCCAAAGAGGUGAUCGGUCUAAAAGUCUGAAGAUAAUGUUUAAUAGUGACCCUUUUUUUUCACUUCUGGUAGUGAAAAGGUUUUGGCCCAUGUUGUUCAGUGUUUUUUGCAGUUCUGAGUCGUCUUUACAAGAAGCUACCGAUGCCAACGUGGGGUCUGUAAGAUGCUGCUGAAUGCAGAGACAGGACAGCUGCAUUUCACUGUUCUUUGGCACAUGGACCAGAUCGUAGACCAGAUGCAGAUAGAAAACCUGGAUUCAGAAACACAGUUCAUGAUUUUGGGGUUAAGUUUCAUAAUAAUAAUAAUAAUAAUUAAAGAAAAAUGUAGUCUUUAAAACAAACAUUUCAUGUUUUCAGAAGAGGAUUGAAGGUUUCUUCGCUGUCUAAGGGAUGAAUUAGUCCACAUUUGGUCAGUUUUUGUCUGUUUUUUAAUCUGGAUCUGGUCUAAGGUGAUAUAGUUGCAUAAAAAACACACACAAAAGCAGUGAAAUCAGCCUUUACUUUUUUCCCCAAAUGCCAGUCAGAAGCUACAAAUCUGUAGUCAGUUUCUUUCAUUUUUGCAUGUCAUUUUAUUUCAAAUGGUUUGCACCUGUGCACGCUGUAGUAGAAGCAGUUUCUGAAUUUAACCCUAAACAUAAAGGACAGGAAAUGUGACACACCUUGAAGAGUAAGAUCCCAGAUGUAAACAGCUGUUGGCUUCAGAUUCUUCCACAGUUGAGUUUAAGAAUGUUAGGAGGAAGAAAAUUCAUUUAACACAUUUGUUAGACCUCUAAGAGGAACAUCGAUCUUUGUUUACAUGAAGUAUCCACAUGGCUUCUUUCAUUUACGUUGAUAAGAGUACAAACCAGCAGAAGGUGAACCAGUGAAUGUUUGGGAUUUUUACUUGAACAACACAAAUGAUCAAAUAGAUGAUUGAUUUCUUUCUGUUUCAUCGUGAAGCAGGGCUACCAGUGAUAUCACAUAAAUAGGUAACAGUUUAAAAGCAUCAGAUCUGUGUCCAUGAUGCAGACUUGAGCUUUGAUGCCAUAUAAUAAACAAAAAGAGGAUGUUGUGAAACAAAGUUGUCCUUUUAAGCCUGUUUGAAACUGUAACAAACCCUGCGUCAUAGCUGCCAUCCCUCUAGUUACAGCUUUAAUGUCACAUUUGCACACAUGGAGGUUUUCGUCCUUGAGGCAUUCUUUAACUCGCAAACUUUUUUCCCUUCUUAAUGGAUGCAUACAUGUUUUUAACCGUUGUUUCAGCAUCACAUUGUUAAAGAUGGAUAUUUGUGCAGCCUCGUGUGCAGUCUGUCACCACUUGUGAAAGUGCAGAGCAACGUUCAGUGUCAUUUCUUUUAAAAUCAAUAAAAGUUGCACUGUU